AUGAAACAAACACCUGGGGAAACCUGGCAUACUCUAUCUUAGUUUAGCAAUCUUAGCUGGCCAGUGACUGGCCACUAGAGCAUGUGUACUUCUCACUUCUCAAAACAAGAUGGCGAGAUGUAGAAUGCAAAGUUGAGUCGCUUCUGAGAAAAUUAUUGUGCAUUGUCCAUCUCACUGUAAAAUGAUAAUUUGAGCAACAUGGCAAGUAAUUCUGAGCGGGGUGUUCACCCCAGCAAAGGAUUGUCAUUCAUUGACUGGGAAAGUUUGGAUGAAGAAGAAUAUGUCAAGUUGAACCGGAUCAUCAAUGCACCACAUCAAGGAUCAAGUGUGCAGUUUCCAUUUCCUCGCGGCACAGAUCAAUCAGUGUCCUCCAAGCAACAGCAAGGUGUUUCUCAUGCCCCUGUUUUCCAGCCUAGCGUUCCCCCACCCUCCAUGGUGGGUUUCCCAAUUCCUGUCCACUGGCCUCCUGGGAAUCCAGGGCUUGCCAGCCACGGUGGAGGCCCAUAUCCAAUCACCAUGCACAGUGGUUACGUUUUCCCCAACCCCGCUCUUUCUGCCGGCCACGAAGGUACAGUUGCUUUUGUUACUGCCAUCAGUAAUGGCCACCCAAUGUAUGCCAUCCCAGGAGUUGGACACCCAAUCUCAGCCCACUUUCAGGGGGCUCCGAUCCCUCCAAGGGAGGGCAUGCCCUUGACUGUUCCCAUCACCGCUCAUGGGAAUGAGACAGUGAUGGCUACAAUGCCUGCAGGCCAAGGAGUAUUGCCACCGCACACCCUGCCUCCAGUCCCGUCUCACAUUGCCCUUGGUGAGCCAGGGGCUGUGCCAGUGACUCUGGCACAAGCAGGGGUACAAAUGCCCCUUACACAGCCCCCUGUGGUUCCUGUGACCUUGACGCAAUCUGGGGUACCGGUCACACUCACACAACCACCUGUUAUGCCGGUUACUCUUACGCAACCCCCAGGUGUCCCCACCAGCCUGCCACCACCACCUGUGCCCAUGACUCCGCAGGCUCCACAACCACAAAUGGUAUGUAUCCCAACCUCUCAAGAGGAUCCUCAGCCGGCUAUGCCUGAGGAAUCGUGCAAAGAGGCAAAACAACCUUCUGCCCCUUCACCUCAACCCCCGGCAGUGACCGGUCUCCCGAUAAAACCGCAAGCCUCCAGCAUUGAGUUUGGUGGACCAGUCGUCUAUAAGCAUCACACUGACACCCGUGCUCAAACGGAGCCAAAUAAUAACAAAUUUACUACCCCAGAAAAGACUGGCGUCGCACAGGAGGUGGUUAUAGACAUAGAAAACUUGAACACUUCAGAAUCAAACCUGCCAAGUGCCAAUAAUAUUCCAGGUGGCAUAAAAGCAGUUGCCCCAUGUCCUACUGCUGCUGCCCGGGCUUCUGCUGGGGCUCAGAAUGACACAAGAGAGACUCCUGCAGUUUCUUCCCCAAAUGGUAGUGUAGAGAAAAGUCUAAAGACGGCAGACGCUGCUUCGAGUGUGCCCCCACCAUCACCAGUGCCACAACAAACUGUCAAAAGUUGGAGCAGUUUAUUUGCUACCAAAUCUCAGGGUGUUAAGACUAGCUCAGUGAAUAGUGUUAACAACACAGUUUCUCAGCCGCUGUCGAACAUUGAUGCUGCAUCUUUUCCUGCUAUUGGAGACACACAGAAGGAAGAAGCCAGCAGUAAGGGAGAGAAGCCACAGUAUGUGCCUCUAGAGAAAGUGACAGCAGUGGGUGUGCACAGUGAUCCACUAGCCCACAGGAUACAAAGUCAACUCAGCGAUUUGCAAAUUAUACAUGCACCUAUAGUGAUUCAGCCUCGAGGUCUUAAAAAUGGACAGAAUACUUGUUUCUUGAAUGCUCCUUUACAAGUCUUGAUGGGGUGCCCUCCGUUUGUCCAUAUGUUCAGGUCUUUCAAACAUUUGCCAACCAGAGCUGGCAGUCAGUCUUCAACGCCCAUACUGGACUCAUUAGUUCAAUUUGUAAACUCAUUCCAAAAUGGUCAACGGAUGAGAAAUCCAGGGUCUCGUAACAAAAAGGGAGGAAAUCUUGACUUGAAUGUUGGUCAACCCUUUAUACCGCAUCCACUUUUGAGCGUUGCACAAAACAUUCUUGGCUUGCACAUGGGAGUGCAGCAUGACGCAGAGGAGUUCCUCAGUCAGAUCCUCAGUAUUUGCCAUGAGGAGAUGGAGAACAUCCUGCACAUGGGAGAUACCAAUGGUUUGAAGAAACAAGGAGAAGUUGCUGUGAAUGGCAAUGACAAUUCUCAGGAGAGCCUUAAAAGUAUGGAUGAAGAGGAGGACUCAGAUGAAGCAUGGCAACAAGUAGGGCCCAGGAAUCAUCAUGUUGAGACGAAUGUGAAUGAUUGUGGACAAACUCCGUUGUCCAGUAUCUUUGCUGGUUUGAGCAGAUCAUGUCUAGUGAGGGAGUCUGGCAAGUCGAGUGAUACCCUCGAUUCUUUCUUUACUUUGAAACUGGACAUUCAGGCUGAGCCUGUACACUCUGUGAAGGACGCACUGCUGAGACUGAACACGACAGAAACUGUGCAUGACGCCGACGGCAGAAGGGUCCAUGGUCAACGUCGAAUGUUCUUUGAUGUUUUACCUCCUGUGCUCAUCAUGCAUUUGAAACUGUUUGAAUAUUCAAAUGGAAAUGGCCAAAAAAUACAGAAGAAAGUGACGUUUGAUGUGGACUUACAGAUCCCAAAAGAAAUCAUCUCGCGAGUUGGAAAGACAAAGUAUGCAUCGCCAAAGUCAAGAAAUUACAAGCUCUUUGGAGUGGUAAACCAUCAUGGCCGCAAGAUGAAUGAUGGACACUAUACAUCGGACGUUUUCCUGCCAGUGGCGAGUGGAUGGCUGAGAUUUGAUGACAGUGAAAUCGUCCCCAUUCAAGAAGCUGAUGUUCUUUACUACAGUGAUAGGAGCAUGCCAUAUUUGCUCUUCUACAGGCGAAUGGAUGUUGCAUAACUUGAUCUAUUGUUUCAAAUAUUCCUUUAUCUUUGAGUAUUAUUCUUGAAGAUGUUUUAUUUUAGUUUGAACAUGUGUAUGUUAUUUAAUUUACCUGAUAAUGUCUGGAAAUGUAAACAAGUUGAGAGAAGUUGAUGCUUUCAAUGAGUCUGCUGUUAUGAUGCCUGUCAAGUGGUUACAGUCGUUCCCUGAUACCAAAAUCUCCCCUCAAAAGAAUCGGUGAGCUAGAGCAAAGUGAUCCAGUGUUGUUACACUGUUGCUGUAUGAGCCUCGGGUAGUCUGGAUUCAUUGCAUGACCUAUAAGUUUAAUAUAGAGUAAGAGUAAUUUUUAAGUAUAAUGUCCCCAAAAUCAUUGUGUUUCACUUUACAGCACCUUUUUUUUUUUUUUUUUUUUUUUUUUGAACAGUACAAGUAGUAUUAUGAGGAAUCUGAGAAGAUUUGGCUUCCUUUAAUUUUGGUUCUGUAUUUGUGGUACAAAAAUUUUUUUUGUACUGGCCUUCGGAUCCUUUAUUUCAUGGUAUCGAAAUAUUGCAGUGUACCAGAUCGUAUUAUGUUGUCUACGCCUUCAUAAAUCAGGAACGCUGUCAGACUUCUUUGUGGCAUGCUCUGGUAUUUCAUCACAAGUAAAGUUUUUGAAACUA